AUGGCGAGUGAGCUGAGGGUGCUGACGGACUUGCGAUCUCCUCACCUGUGGUAUCCCCUUGCGAGGAAGAUGAAGCGAAGGUGGGUCCUGCACAUAGGGCCAACUAAUAGCGGGAAAACGUUCGAAGCUCUGCAGAGGCUGGCGUCCGUAGAGUCGGGGAGAUAUUGCGGGCCCCUGAGGCUGCUGGCAUGGGAGGUGUAUGACAAGCUGAAAACAGGAGCACCGGUGCGAUGUAGCUUGAUGACAGGGCAGGAGAAAGUGUUCGACCCCAAGGCAAACCAUACCUCGUCGACUGUUGAGAUGGCGGACCUUGACAAGGUGAUCGACGUGGCGGUCAUCGACGAAGUUCAGAUGCUCGAGAGCAACGAUCGAGGAUGGGCGUGGACGCGAGCAUUGCUGGGACUUCCUGCUGCUGAGAUCCACCUGUGCGGCGAGCCACGGGCACAAGAGCUGAUCACGAAGCUGUGUGACCUCUGUGAGGAUGAGCUGGAAGUGAAGGAGUACGAGAGACUGUCGUCGCUAUCGGUCGCCAACCAUUCUUUGGAGGGCAGCCUUCGCAACAUUCAACGAGGGGAUUGUAUUGUAGCGUUUGGGAGGUCAAAGAUUCAUCAGCUGAAGCGCGACAUUGAGGCGAAGACUCCAUUCCGCUGCUGCGUCGUGUACGGCUCGCUGCCUCCUCUGACUCGGCAGGAACAAGCGAAGCUGUUCAACGAGAGGGGUUCGUUUCCUAACGGUCAAAGCUUCGACGUGCUUGUGGCCUCGGAUGCCAUCGGGAUGGGGCUGAAUCUGGAGAUCUCGCGGGUUGUUUUCAGCUCCCUGCGCAAGUUUGACGGGCAAGAGGAAAGGCUCUUGACAGCUUCAGAGAUCCGGCAGAUCGGAGGACGAGCAGGAAGGUUCGGGACCAACACAGUGGAAGGGAUUGUGACGAGCUUGCACAACAAAGACCUCCCGCUGCUGAAGCGAAGUUUCAAGACGGAGCUCCCUCAGAUCGCGAAGGCUUGCCUCCGCCCGGAGAUCGUCAUGCUCGAGGAUUUCGUUCACUCCAUCCGGCACGUGUGGCCGCGGGAGGAGGGAGAAGACUCGCUAUCGCUCGACACGGCCCUGCAGCUCUUCAAGGACUUUCACCAGACAGAAAGCAGCUUCUUUCUCGGGACGACCAUCGACGAGUUGCGGGACCUCGCAAAGACGAUUGAGUCUGUCAAGAUGCCCCUCACGGAUCGGUUCUCCUUCUGUUUGGCUCCGAUCGAUCUCAGCAAGGAGGAUCGACGGAGAGCAGCAUUCUACGAGAUGGCGCGCAUGUACUCUGAGAAGAGACUCGUGAGGAUCUCGCAGGUCGCCACGUUCAACAACAGGAUCCCCGACACCAUGUUCAAACUGCGAGAGGCGGAAGAGACGCACGUCAUCCUCGAGUUGUACGCAUGGCUAGCUAAUCGCUUUGAAAACGCUUUCUGUGACUUAGAGAUCGUUAAGCGACAGAUCGCAAAGAACAGCAUCCUCAUCCAGGUACUCCUUGGACUCCCUCCCCCCCCCUUUCUCGUCUUCCUCCCCCUUCUCUCGUUUCCCCUCCUUGUCCUUCGACUCGUCAGUGAUGGAGGCUUGUCAUGCUGUCACCUCACCAGCUACUCCAGGAGGGUCUCAGGAGGCUGAUUGCAGUCGGAAGAAACCGUUUCG